UGAUAUAGUUAUAGCAUUUCAAGCUGUUAGUAUUCAAAAUGAAUUUGAUGAAGGUUUCUGGCGUUCCAUUAGAAGAAAACAGCUAACUUUACAAAAGAUAAUACAGCGUAAUGCAAAAUAUGAUAUGCGCCGUUAUUGAUUGGUCUCUACUCGACUAAAUCUUUACAUUUAAGUUACUUUUCUUUGUCAUGUACUGCCCGGUUGCUAGCCUACGAGGCUAUACUCAGGGUAGAAAACCCAAGGCUAGAACGCUUUGUAUUGUGGGUAAAAGAUGGCUGCGCCCUGUUUCCACCCUUAAUACCACCUUACCCGAAUGUGUUAGCGGCGUAAUUCAAACGCGUAUCGACCGACACACCGGUGGAACUUGUUGGUUUCUACCGAUCAUCAAGACUCAAGAUGUCGGAGAAGGAGCGCGCGGGUGGAAAUGGGCUCUCGCGGGCCGUGAUUGCUGAGAUGCUGGCGAAGAAUUUCGAGAAACUACCCGACAUCGAUCAGAAAAUCUUCAAGUACGGUCCCAUGUAUCUGGGGGGGAAUGGAGCCCUCGCGGGUCUGAUAUCCAACAGCUUGUACCGCAGAGCCCUGAACGUCACCCAGGCGCCCGUCGCCUCCGGCCUGCCGAUGGCGGUGCUGCCCUUCCUGACAACGUUUGCCCUGUACAGCGCUGCCGUGUCGGCCCCCCUCAUGUCGGGGGACCUCAACUGUCCAUCCUGUGCCCUGAUUCGAGGUGCACUCGUCGGUGUGGUGGGUGGCGGGGUGUACCCCAUCCUCCUGGCCUUACCUGUGAAUGUUGGGCUUGCGUCCCGCUACGUCACGACACCGAUGCCGGAGAAGGGCAAUCUGCUGCGGUACUGGGUGGACCUCUCCAGGCCGAUCGUGAGGAAAAUGAGGGCGGUACUGGUGCUUCAGGUUUUCUUCGGCACCUACCUGAGCUCCAGGCACUUUGAGACGUAUACCAAACUGGCGCAGAUCACUUUUGGCCCAAGUGGAGAAGAUCUGAAGGACUAAAAUGCCCUCGACCUAAAAAAAAAAAAGCACGUUGAUUUGUGAGACUCUCCCCGACAAAUAACUAAAAAGUGGUUAAAAAUAGGAAAAUACUUUUUCAUCGACAUUUGUCAUCUCAGUCGGUAUGUGCUGAUCAAGUGUUAGAACUGAGGAUAAUAAUCCUCAGAAUCUUUUAAUAAUCCAAUAAUUGUUCAUGUCUUUUCUUUUGCUGCUGAUCCUGGUUCCAACCUCUCAAAUAAUUUUUUUUUUCUGUGUGACAGCAUUUAAAAUAAAUUCUGCUUUGGA